UGCGACAAAAACUUGCAAACAGAGAGGAAAUCUUGGGAAAAAAAAAACAGUACCGCUGUACGCCUGUUCUGGUUAGAACCGCUACCAACUUUGCAAAAGCCAGUUUCCUGGAAGUACCCUAAGCCAAAGUUCAUGCACCCUUCUCCCCAAACCCACAGAUAUAAACCUCCCAACUCUCCCUCUUUAUUGUGCUGUGUGUGUGAAAUUUUCAUAAAUUAACAUCACACAUACUCUCUUUGCCCACUUCGAUGAAUGGGUGUUCUAGUUCUACUACUUCUUCUGAUUCUACCUCUUCGGAGUCGUCUUUUUCGAGGAAACUCGAGAGGAUUAAAGGUCCGUGGAGUGCGGAGGAGGAUCGGAUUCUGACCCGGCUAGUUGAGAAGCACGGGCCGAGGAACUGGUCCCUUAUAAGCCGUUACAUAAAGGGUCGAUCCGGGAAGUCUUGUAGGCUCAGGUGGUGUAACCAGCUCAGCCCGAAUAUUGAGCAUAGGCCUUUUUCUGCUGCGGAGGAUGAGACCAUUCUCGCUGCCCAUGCCCAAUACGGGAAUCGAUGGGCCACCAUUGCCCGGUUACUACCGGGUCGGACUGACAAUGCGGUUAAGAAUCACUGGAAUUCCACAUUGAAGAGAAGAGCAAGAGAAUAUCAUCAUCAACAACAGCAAUAUCAUCAACAGCAGCAGCAAGUGCAAGUGCAAAUUGGAAGUAAUUUGGCUGCUACUGUGAACAAUCCGGGGAUCAAGAGUAACGCUUCCGUGGCGGGAAUUGAUGAGGAGGCGUUGACCGCGCUGACUCUGGGUCCGCCGGGGAGUGGUGCGGUGGUGGCGGAGAGGAGGGCAGAGAGUUUACCAACUGGGUUUUGGGAUGCGAUGAGGGAUGUGAUAGCGAGGGAGGUGAGGGAGUAUGUGAGUUCUACGAUGUCUCCUGAGGCUUCUGGGUUUCAUUAAUUAACUAAUAUUCAUCCAUAUUUUCUUUAUAAUUGAGGAAAAUCAAAUGUAUAAAUCAUGGGAGUUUCUACCUGAGCUCCAAGGCAUUGAACAAAGCAAAUUGAAAGGAAUGCGAAUGAAUUUAUUCUGUGCUA